UUUUUUUUUCCGCCUCUCUUUACGACGUCGGGAAAGAUGGCGGGUAUGGCCGACUUGUUCGGUAGCGAAGCCGACAGCGAUCCGGAGCAGAAAGAUUUUGAUUUGGGAUCCGGAUCUGACUCGGAUUCAGUGCAGGAACACAUAGCUUCCGGAAGCAACCCCUCAGGGAGCGAGAGUGAGAGGGAGGAUGGAAACGACGACGAAGAUGGUGACCGAGAAGCAGCGAAGCCCAGCAAUAAAGAACUGUUUGGUGAGGACAGUGAGGACGAGGCAGUCUCCAGGCACAGUGGGAGUGAGGACAGGUCGGACAAUCAAUCCAUAGCCUCGGCACACAGUGACCAAGAGGCCAACGAGCAGUCGGAUGCAGAGCACCAUAGUGGUUCUGAGGAACAGCCCUUUGAUGACCAAGACGCUGCCAGUGUCCACUCUGAUGCUGGCAGUGUCCAUUCGGAAGCUCCCAGCGUUCGCUCCGAGGCCGACAGCGGUCGUUCUCGGUCCGAGCCUGGCAGCCCUCGUUCAGAGCCUGGCAGCCCUCAUUCAGAACCUGGCAGCCCUCAUUCAGAGCCUGGCAGCGCCCGUUCCCGAUCCGAGGCCGGAAGCCCACGAUCCGAGGCUGGCACGGCCCAUUCGGGAUUUGAGGCUGCCAGCCCCCGGUCUGAGGCAGACAGCGCCCAUUCCCAAUCCGAUGCUGCUACUAACCAUUCGGAGGCAGCGGGUUCUCCUAAGGGGCCGCCUUCUGAAGAUGAGAAGUGGGAGCAAGAGUCCAGGAGCGAUCAGUCAGAUGUAGAGGGAAACCACCGGCAUUCAGAAGAAGAGCAGCACCUUUCCGACGAGGAACAAGAGCACAAAUCAGUGUCUGCACGAGGCAGUGACAGUGAGGAUGAAAUUGUCAGACAGAAGUCGAAAAAGUUAAUUGAAUCAGAUUCUGACUCUGACGGCGAUGUAAAAGACAAAGAUAAAAUAGAAGGGGAUGAUCUAUUCGGUGGUGCAGAUGACAUUUCUUCUGACAGUGAAGGCGAGAAACCUCCCACUCCAGGCCAACCUCCUGAUGAGUAUGGCAUGGAUAACGAUCAACCAGAAGAGGAACCCAUCCAGGAAACGAGGAUAGAAGUCGAGAUUCCUAAAGUGAACACCGAUCUUGGCAACGACUUGUAUUUUGUUAAACUGCCUAACUUUCUUAGUGUGGAGCCCAGGCCGUUUGAUUCUCAGUACUAUGAAGAUGAAUUUGAAGAUGAGGAAAUGUUGGACGAAGAAGGCAGAACAAGACUGAAACUGAAAGUUGAGAACACAAUCCGCUGGCGAGUACGCAAAGACGAGGAAGGAACCGAGUCCCGUGAAAGUAAUGCUCGAAUCGUCAAAUGGUCAGACGGAAGCAUGUCCUUGCACCUGGGAAACGAAGUGUUUGACGUGUACAAGGCUCCGCUUCAGGGGGACCACAACCAUUUGUUUAUCAGACAGGGAACUGGUCUGCAAGGUCAGGCAGUGUUCAAGACUAAGCUUACCUUCAGGCCUCACUCCACGGACAGUGCGACCCACAGGAAGAUGACCCUUUCUCUGGCAGACAGGUGUUCAAAGACGCAGAAGAUUCGAAUCCUCCCUAUGGCGGGCAGGGACCCGGAAUCCCAGCGCUCUGAAAUGAUAAAGAAAGAGGAGGAACGUCUCCGAGCUUCCAUUCGGAGGGAAUCUCAACAGCGCCGCAUGAGAGAGAAGCAGAGCCAGCGCGGCCUCAGCUCCUCCUACCUGGAGCCUGACCGCUAUGACGAGGAAGAGGAAGGUGACGAGGCCAUCAGCCUAGCUGCCAUCAAGAACCGUUACAAGGGAGGCGUUCGAGAGGAACGGGCUCGGAUCUACUCCUCCGACAGUGAUGAGGGAUCUGACGAUGACCGAACACAGAGGCUGCUUAAAGCGAAGAAAUUGGACAGUGAUGAGGAAGGUGAGCAUUCCGGAAAGAGAAAAGCGGAGGACGACGAGAAAGUCGUGGCUAAAAAGGCCAAAAAGUACGUGAUCAGUGACGAAGAGGAAGACGACGAUUAGUGUUUGUCCUCCGAUCCCCCGCAGCCCACUUUGCGUCGUCUAAAAACUAAACCUGUACAUUGCUCUGUAAGUAGCUGUUUUCCUAUUGUCGCAGUUUUGGGAUAAAUUUUGCAGUAAUAACUGUUUGAAUGAAUGUAUUUUGACGGUCCACUGUAUGUAUCAAGACAUUUUAAAAAUUAAAUGUGUAAUGAAUUUUGAA